UAUCUCUAGCUGCUCUCUGAUACUUAUACUAGUCAUUUUUGACAGAGGGGGACUAGCACGAAAUCCGUUGUAUCUACACUCUUCCUUACUAGACACAUCUAUCCCCCAAUCUCCUUUCAAACCCUACUCCCUGCGAUGACGUCAUGCGCGCGGGUCCAUCCCCGAGCAGGGUGUCAUCCCCAGCUACCUCCAUCACGUCUACUGAGAGCAGGCAUCUCAAAGCUGAUAGCAUCGAGAAGACAUCUAGUGAGAAGGCCCCUGUCUAUGAACUUGACAAGCUCGACCAGCUGCCGCUCAUCGACGACGACGAUAAGGAUCGUGUCAUUGCCAAGGAGGAGCAGCCGAAGCCUGUCAAACUAUGGCAUUUGUUCCGGUUCUCCAACAAGACUGACAAGCUCCUCUGCUUGGUUGGCACCUUCUGCUCACUGGCCGCUGGCGUGGUAACGCCAGCCAUGACUAUUGUCGCUUCAGGGUUGCUAUUCUCGCUCAUCAACUACCAGACCGACUCGCCAAUCGUCGUCCUUGAUCAUGAUGCGCGCAAAUAUUGCUUGUGGUUCAUGGGUCUUGGUUUCCUUAUGUGGAUUCUGUCGUAUGGGCUCAAUGCGUGCUGGAUGAUUGCUGCCGAGAACCAGGGCCUGCGCAUCCGCGAGCUGUACUACGAGUCGAUUAUGCGCCAGGACAUUGGCUGGUUCGACACCAUCAAGACUGGUGAGCUUACUACGCGCAUCACCAACGACGUCAACCUGGUGCAGGACGGCAUUGGCGAAAAGUGGGGGUUCAUUAUGAUGAACACCACGUCGUUUAUCACUGGUUUCAUCAUUGCCUUGGUCAAGGGCUGGGACAUGGCGCUCAUCUGUGUUGUCAUGGGCUGGAAGAUCGCCAAAUGGACUACAUUUGAGCAAGACAAUACUGCAGAAUCGGGAGCCAUCGCUGACGAGGUCCUUGGCGGCAUCCGCACGGUGAUGGCGUUCAACGGCCAGAAGAGCGAGCUGAAGCGACUGCAUACCAGUUUCGGUCGCAAGAAAGGAAUGGUUCUUGGCGUUGGCUAUGGUGCAGUGCAGUUCUUCAUCUUCACCAUGUACUGCAUUGGCUUCAACUACGGUAUCUGGCGUAUCGUCAACGGCCAUCUGAAUGCGGAGCAACUGCUUAUUGUGUUUUUUGCUUUACUGAUGGGCGGAUUCUCGAUCGCUGGUUCGGCGCCCAACUUCUCGGCCGUGUCGACCGCCCAGGGAUGUGCUGCCAAGGUGUUUGCUAUCAUUGACCGCGAGUCGCCUAUCGACCCGCUUGACUCGGAGCACGGCAAGAAGGUCAAUCGUGUACAUGGCCAUAUCGAGUUCCGCGACGUGCAUUUCAGCUACCCGACGCGUCCUGGCGUUCCCAUCCUGAGGGGCUUCAACCUCGAGAUCCGGCCUGGGCAGAAGGUUGCACUGGUCGGCGAGUCUGGCUGUGGCAAGUCCACGACUAUCGGUCUGAUUGAGCGCUUCUACGACCCGGCCCAAGGUGAGGUGCUCAUCGAUGGUGUCAGCAUUAAGGACUACAACAUCGGGUCGCUGCGUCACCGCAUUGGCAUCGUCACUCAGGAGCCUGUCCUGUUCUCGACCUCGAUCUACCAGAACAUCGAGGAGGUCGUUGAGGCAUGCAAGGCUGCCAACGCGCACCAGUUCAUCGACAUGCUGCCCAACAAGUACGAAACUCUGGUCGGCGAGGGCGGUGCCCUGCUGUCGGGUGGUCAGAAGCAGCGUAUUGCCAUUGCCCGUGCCAUUAUCCGCAACCCUGAUAUCCUGCUUCUCGACGAGGCUACCUCAGCCCUGGAUACUGCGUCCGAGCGUCUUGUGCAGGAUGCCCUGGACAAGCUGUCUGCCGACCGCACCACGAUCUCGAUUGCGCACCGUCUCUCCACCAUCCGCAACUGCGACCAGAUCUAUGUGGUGCGCGAGGGCAUUGUGUCUGAGAGCGGCACCCACGAUGAACUGAUUGGGUUCACCGGCGAGUACGCUGCCAUGGUCAAGGCACAGGAGCUGCGGCAGGCUGUACGUGCCAAUGUCGAUAGUGGGGAUACUGCUGGUGAGGAGGACGUCGAUGCGCUGAUUGCUAAAGAGCUGAAGGAGCAGGCGCUGGAUCUGAAGGCAACUACCCGCCAGACCAUGCAGAGCGUCAGGCGCAUGUCGACGACGCAGUCACAGCGCGAGGCUAAGAAGCAGUACAAGUCGCUGGAGGAGUCGAGCGACUUUUACCUGCUGUGGCGUCUGUUGAACCAGUACCGUGGAUCCAUGAAGAUCGCCAUUCCCGGUUCAGCUCUCACCAUCAUUAACGGUGCAGUGAUGCCGUGCUUUGCGUUGGCCACCAAGUACGCCUGCAUAUUCCUGAUGUUUGCUGUCGUCGACUUUGUUGCCAUGUCUGGUCGCGCUGGUCUGCUCACGAUUGCCGGCGAAAGCAUGACCAAGCGGAUUCGCCACGAAACCUUCAAGGCGUAUCUGACCUUUGAAUCCGGGUACUUUGACGACGAAGACAACGGCACCGGUAUGCUAACAGCACGUCUUGCCACGGAAGCCGAGGACAUCUACAAGUUUGUCGCUUAUGUCAUAGGGCGCGUUUCAUGCUGGCCAAUCCAAUGCUAUGCUCAGUACUUACAAGCGCGUGCCAUCUGGGAAUCAGCGGCCCGCACCAAGAAGGCAUACGAAAAGUCGGGCCAGUCCGCUGCCGAGACCAUCCGCAACAUCAAGACCGUGGCCACUCUGCGUCGCGAGGAGACGUUCAUCAAGAUCUUCAACGACCACAACCGCGAGCCGCACAGCACCAGCGUCCGCAGCGCACUGGCGUGCAAUCUGUUUACCAACGCCUUGGUGUUCUUCGCUGGCUGCAAAUUCAUUAUGUCCAAUGUCUUGAUGGUCACAAUGUUCUCGUCAAUGUCCAUCGGCAUGCUGGCGCAGUUAUCCACUAUGGUGUCCAAGGGCGCUGUGUCGUCGCGCAGCAUCUACAUGACGCUGGACCGCAAGUCGAAAAUCAAUGGAAUGAACCCCGACGGCGAUGUCUCGGAGAAGUUCGAGGGCAAUGCCAGCUUCAAGGACGUCAAGUUCAGCUACCCGAUCCGCCCCGACACCAGGAUUCUCAAGGGUAUCUCGUUCGAGGGCAUGGCGGGCAAGAGCGUCGCUCUGGUUGGUGCCUCAGGUUCCGGCAAGUCCUACCGCCUGUACGAUGCCGAUACCGGCUCAGUGUCAGUUGAGAACCUGGACGUCAAGGACUGGAGCAUCACCGGGCUGCGCGACAGCAUGGCCAUUGUCGGCCAGGAGCCGAUUCUGUUCAACUACACGAUCGGCGAAAACAUUGCCUACGGCAAGCACGGCGCCACGCAGCAGGAGAUCGAGGAGGCGGCCAAGGAGGCCAACAUCUACAACUUCGUCAUGAAUCUGCCUGACGGCUUCAACACCAACGUGGGCCAGAAGGGCAGUCGGCUGUCCGGUGGUCAGAAACAGCGCGUCGCCAUUGCGCGUGCCUUGGUGCGCAAGCCCAAGCUGCUGCUGCUCGAUGAGGCCACUGCCGCUCUGGACUCGCGCUCCGAGAAGGUCGUGCAGCAGGUGCUGGACAAGGCAGCCAAGGAGCGCACCACGCUGACGGUCGCCCAUCGCCUCAGCACGAUCCAGGACUGCGACAUGAUUGUUGUGUUCAAGAACGGCCGCAUUGUCGAGCGCGGCACCCACGACGAACUGAUUGCACUCAAGGGCACGUACCACCUGCUGGUCGAGCAGCAGUCGCUGCAGGUGACCCAAUAG